GCCAACUAGAAAAGACACUGCAAGCCACCGUUCCAUGACUUCCAAUCUUGAAGCACUCUGUUCGUCCAGUUGAAAUCCACAAACACCUCUUUCUUUAAAUCUUGUUUCCUUGGUUGAGUACCUGCCUGCUUGAGGACGACUGGCCACCGAUUUCUACAAUAAGUUUAUUUAUGAAUACACCUCAUGUUCCGUGUAUUCAACACCUCGGCUACACAGCUCCAUUCACAAUGAUGUAAGUCGCCGUGAGGGAACAUCUAUGGAAAUUUGACGAGUUUCAAGCAUAGCACAAGCAGCAGCAGUGGGCCAAUCGCUCUGGAUUGAAAAAAUGCUUUUCGAAGCAGAGAACAAAUUUGUUCUUAUGCUGGGGCUAUGCCCACUCUGAGAAGAGGCAGCAGUGUGCCAGUCCUCGUGCUGCAGCACCUGGAUCCGAAGAACGUUUAGAAGCACUUUACAAGCCUGUGCUCAUUGCUAGGGCUAAAUCUUCCGUAGGAGGUUCACUACAUUGUGGCACGUACUAGUCAGAAGCAGUAACUGGCCGAAUUGAGUGCCGAUCAUCAGGAAGGAAGGAAGGGUAGCGUAGCACAGAUGUUGUCGUGGAUAUCACAUGGCAUUCUUUGGGCCAGCGUUCUUUGUGGUAGACCUUCGAUGAGCCAGUCAACAGUGUCAGGAGAUUAUGAAGAUCGUUCGAGAUUUCAAUGGCAGUCAAAACCGAUAAUCGCAGUCAUAAGGCUGAAACCCAAAUGGCUCGCCUCUUUCGAUUGUGCUCCCUGUGAACACUCUCUCAAGGACUCCAGGAUUCCAUGUUGUGAAAAGGUGAGGGGUGCUUUUACAGAUGCUUCAUCUGUAGGAUUCCGUGGUUAAUAUGCGGAGAAGGUAAAACUUGAAUUCGGUGAGAAACUACUCCACCUUCCUCCAUUGGCUUACACAUUUAGUCAAACUAGCCUGACCUACGUUUGGUAAAGAUCUAAUUUGCAGGUUAUACUUGUACCUGUGAGCAUGCAUGUGUGGAACCAUGUUGCUAUUGGAAUUCAGUCCAGAUUCCUUUCCGGUGUGAGGAAAACCAUGAAAUUGAGAAUUAUUGAGACUGGUUUGGUGACCAAUAGUUUCAGUGGUAACUACAGGUUGACGAUAUGGCAGAAUUAAUAGCUCAGAAUUCUUUGAGUCCCGCUCUCUGAACUGUUUGGACAAUCAGUCCACAUUCCCGUGAUGGUGGACUGACGCUGUAAUCGAAACAUGUCAAUUCCUUAAGCAUCAUUUAACACCAGCACUAAUAAACUUUCCAAGUGUUCGAAAUGAUUCUAUAAGUAGGUUCAAAUCCUACCUGAGGAGAUGUUGUUUAUGCACCCAGAUGUCUUCUCCACAUUGCAGAAGUAUUUGCCUUUCAGAUGAAGGGCGAGGAUCGUCCGAGGUGUUUGAAAGCAAAUCUUGUAGUCUUUCAGUUCCCUGAGUCCCUUUUAUCAGAUUCUUACUCUGCUCUUCAUGUAAUUCAGGGCUCCAAUCCUCACGCUGUCGAGAUCGACAGCUUGAGGAUCUCAUAAGCCGCUGCUUUUGAGUUUGUCGAUGUAAAUCUCGCGCUAAUUAUUCGAUCUCUAGAUCUGGACUUGACGUUUUGUUUUAUGAGCUGGGGGUGCUGGUUGGGCAC